UAGAGGAUGAUAUUUUCUCCUCCUGAGUUUAGACUACUGUGCAUAGUUUAAGUCUCUUCUGGCCUAUUUAUAGUGUUGGCCCUUGCAACAAUGUCAUCUGUAACUCGACUCCAUCUGUUAAGUCAGAGCAUGUUGAAUGUCAGUUGCCAGAAGCAGAAGCACUGCCGUUCCUUUUCCCGCUGACUCUCUCACGGAGAGCCCCAUGGAGUUUGUGGGACAACCAAGACUUUCUGGGGCCUGUAACCUCUUGGGAGUGCCAGGCCUCAGCUCCUUGGAUGUGGACGAUGAUGAGGGCGAAGUGGUCAUCGGCAUCAGGCCCAAAUCUUCCCCUCUCCCACGGAGAAGGAGCUCUGUCUCUGACUCGGACUCGGACCCUGGGCCGCCCAUCUCUGGCUCCAGGAGAGUGUCCUUUGCGGACGCCAAAGGCCUCAGUUUGGUGCAGGUGAAGGAGUUUGACACAUGGGAUGUGCCUCUGCUGCCAGGGUGUGACUCCUCUGAGGGUGAGGGUAAAGAGGCAGAGGAAUAUUUCCUCUCCCCUCACACGUUCUCCCUUCCGUUGUCUACUGAGGAGCUGUGCGUCAAAGUGCGGGACCAGAAAGUGGAGUUGGAGACGGUCGAGUUGCUUCCCGGGACCACAAUCGUGAAAGGAGUGAUCCGUGUCCUCAACAUCUCCUAUAGUAAGGCAGUAUACAUCCGGACCACUUUAGACGCCUGGUCCAGCCACUUUGACCUCCUGGCAGAGUACGUCCCCGGCUCCAGUGACAGUCUGAUGGACUGUUUCUCAUUCAAGCUCACCUUAGUGCCUCCAUUCGGGGAGCUCGGAGCCAGAGUUGAAUUUUGUCUGCGGUAUGAGACUCCCGUGGGGACGUUCUGGGCCAACAAUAACAACAAGAACUACGUGCUGUUCUGUCACCAGAGAAUGAAAUCCAAACCGCAGAAGGAAAACAUGAACAAGAAAAGCUGCCUUAAGACUGCCAGUCACAACUUCUCGUCUGUGGAAAACAUUUCAGCCGUGGAAGCUUCGUCUCAGGAAAAUAUUUCAGCAGAUGUGUCAAAACACGGAGAGGAAGUGAAUAAUGUGAAAGCCAAGCAAAUGUCUGAUGGGCAGUCAGGAAGAGCAGAGGAAGAUGUACAGAAAUUACAGGUCGAGAACAGACGAAACACCAGCCGAAGAAGUCGCAGAAAGGCUGCACGGAUGGCCCGGGUGAGGGACUACUUUGCUCAAAGAGAUAGGGGUGCGAGCGACACUGACAGGGAUGAAUCACCUCCAGAAGCAAAGCAGGAAGCACAAGAAGAAGGCCAAAGCCAAAAGGAAAAGCAAUCAGAUGUGCGAUCACUUUCCGAGGGGAGGAGCAAAUCAGAACGUUCUGACAUUGUUUCUGAGGCGCGAGAAACAUGCAGCGAAUCCCUCUUUGGUGUUCGACAUGAUACGUCACCAGUACAUGAGAGCAUAUCUGUCUGUGAGCCAGAGAAAUCUGAGAGCAACGAUUUGGCUGACUCAGCCACACUAACAGGAGGUGAGAGUACCACAGAUAUCCCAGACAACCCACAGCAUUCAGAUGAUGAGCCCGCCCCCGCAGAAAGCAGAAAUACCAACAAGUCUGUCUCCGAAGCCGAGGGGGAAAGUCAGAAGCAAGGCACAAGUUACGAAUGUACUAACAGCACUGCAGAUGAACCGGCUGACAGUGUUAUUUCAGCAGUGAUCAGCGAGAGCCUUGUUAGCCAGACAACCAGCUUCACAUUUGGUACCGUGGUGGCUCCACUGUAUCAUCAGAUGUUUGGCAGAGUGGGAAGUGAAAGUCAGAGCAUAGGUGAUGGGGGAAAUCCUAAACGGGCUACACUGAAUACUGGAGACUUAACUCAACAUUAUCCUUAUACUGAAAGAAGAGAGAGUAGCAGCACUGCUCCAACAGAUGUUAGAAAUGACAAUGUUCAGGGAAAUGUGAUUGAGAUGCAGGAAUCGAAACAAGAUGGCGGCUCAGAUGCCACUCUAAAUAGUCCUCCUGCCGAGGAAGAACAGACAGGUUUGAGUGCAGGUGACAUCCUGGACCGCACAGAUACUCUGCAGGAUCCAGGUGAGUUUAUACAGUCAGAGCACAGAUGCACAAAUUCAUCUGAAGUUCUUCAACCUCUAUCCGGAGAUACAGAAGUACAUCCACACCCUGUAGACAUUUUACAUGCAGAUUUGUUGAGUGCAGAUAUACACACUCAGAGUUUACAUCUCCAGGGAGAAGCACAGGAAGACAAUCUGACCCUUGACCCCCGAAACCGAACAACAGCAGAAACAGAACAGGCUCAGCUGCCGGAGAAUCUAUGUUCACGAAUUAAAGCCAGUCUAGAUGAAACACUUUCACAAAGUGAAGCUCAAGAAGUCAUGGCCAGUCUGGACACGUCAUUUCUGCCACUUGAGCCUCCUCAGAGUGUAUUAGAGGAUGUUAAUGAUGAGACAAACCAACAGUGCAGCGGCGGGGGAGAAAAUGAGUCAAACAUGGAGGAUGACAGUGGCGAAACCAUAACAAUAUCAACAACCACUGCAUCUUCAGAGGCCCACAGCCUUUCACAACCUUUACAUGGUUUGAAACCCACAGAAAUCAGUGAUUCAGCGGCAAAAGAAACUGCGAGCGGCUACAUUUCUCAUUGUGAAACUCUUGAGGAAAAGGACUUCUCAACACCCGACACAUCUGUGGAAAAUCAGGAAGAAACUAAUAACGCGGAAGAGCAAAAUAAGUUGACUAACAAUUCAUACGAGGAUGAAACAAAACAUUCAGCUGAAAUUGAGGUUAGUGAUGAGGAAGCUGAGUCACUGACAACAGAAAUGAUGAGUAACUAUCACGUAUGUGAUGACAUAUUUGCGGAGUUGAAAGGCGAAGACGCUUUAAAAGAUGAACCAAUUAUUGUCUCGGAAAAAAUAGAGCAUCAUGAAAUGGAAGCAGCUGUCUUAAAACAGGAGGAUUUUAGUUCAGCAGACAACGCUGAAGUAAAAAACUGGGAGAUGAUGGUUGAAGAGGAGGAGGAGAAUAUUUUAACAUUUGAAGAGGAAAGCGAGACAAUAAGUUUAAAAGCAGAUAUCCAUGAAGUGGAGAAAGACCAAGGAGGUCAGUUGGAGGAUGCAGGGGUAGAGACGCCAUUAGAUACAACAGAGGAGGAAAAAGAGAAACCACAGGAAAAACCAGUGGAGGAGCUCACGGCUGCAGGAGAGAACGGGACCAAGGCUGAAGAUGUCGGGGGGGUAGAGGACGAGGAGAGGGCUGGAGAGGAAGAAAUGUGGGAGAUUGUGGCCAAAAAAGAUGGGGAAGCUGAUGAGAAACAAUUAGAAAAUGUUGAAGCCACACAGAAAGAAAAGACAGCUGCAGAGGAAGAAGUAGCUGAGGAGAUAGAAGUAGAGAAGAGAGACGAGCAAGAGGAGACAGAGAUGGAGAAAGAAAAAGACUUUGCAGAGAUACAAGAGGUCAAUAUCAAAAGGACCAAUGUCCAAGAAGAAGAGGAAAAAGAGGGAGAGGUAGAAAUGGAAAUGGAUUCAAACGAUGGGGAUGAAACUGGUGUGGUUUGGGGGCAUCAGGUAAAACCAAGGGAAAAUGCAGAAGAAGAAAAUCCAAAUAACAAGGAGGAAAUUGUAGUUGAUGAAGCAGGAGCCUCAGAGGUCGUAGAUGCAGACUCAGAGGGAAUGACAAGAGAGGACGGGAAAGAUGAAGUGGAGUGUUUUGAAGAGAGGUUAGACAUUACACAAAACAAGGCUGAGGAUGGUUUAUCUGCUCCAGUGAGUGUGCAGGACAAGAGUGUAAUUGACAAAGAGCAGAAGGGGGGAAGCGCACGCAUCCCGACCGAAAUGCAUCUUUACAAAGAGGAGGAUUUUCAGAGCAGCGAGAAUGUUACACAUGACCGAUCAAAAGCUGACAACGAAUCCCUCGCCGCAGAGGGAGACUCGUGCGUUUUAACAGAUGAACCUGAAAGUGACCAAACGAGCCAUGACAGCGCCUCGGCAGACUCUGACUCAGACGAUGAGGUGGAGUUGUACAUGCACUGUCUGAGGGCUGUUCACGCCGGGGCGCAGGCCGCUAAAGACAGAAACAAAGAUACAGGGUUUAGUGUGGGCAAAAGGCCCUCUGUGAGCAGAAGCAAACUGCUCUCCACACGCAUGCCUUCCAUCAGUGAGUCUCUGGACGAAGAGCAACACCUCAGCUGCCUUCAUGAAGACCAGGACGUAGCAGAUCUCCAGCCCACCUCUGCAGCUCUGCCACUGUCAAGUGAACAGAGAAGCGCCAGUGGAAAUCUUUCAUGGUGGAAAAAGACUUUUUCCUGCAGCAAUAUCUCAAAAACAUUGUUAUACACCACCUUGUUAGUGGUAUUUUUGGUUGUGGCAUACCAUUAUGAUUUUCUUGCCUGUUUUGGGCUCUACUUGAUAUCAGUGGUUUGGCUCUACUGUCAAGGAGAGAGACCACCACCAGCUAAGAACAACAACAGAAUUGGUUGAAUUAAAUUGUAAAAUAAAUGUUUCGGUUGUGAUAAUGUCUAAUGUGGACGUCUGAGGCUUAUGAGUGUAGAAAAUGUUGACGUGAUACUCACAAAUAUCUGCAGGUUUCCUUUUUUGCUACAUGCCACUUGAUAUUCCCCUAUUUAGUGUUGGUCUAAAUAGAACAAUUAAAAAAUAAAACAGUUAAUAAGAAUGGGCAUUGAUUUAAAUAUAUAUGACACAUAUCAGAACAAAUGCUGUGUAUUCCCUAUGGGAGGACGUUAACUCUCUAAGAGUAUGAACCAAUUUUCUGCUUUACUGUACAUAAAACUUCGGACCAUGGGUCACGCUGAUCACUUCUGCAGAGUUCAUCUUUGAGGUGUACAUGAAACUCAUCAGUGUGCCGUGUGUGUGGAUGAGUAUUUGUGUAGGUUGCACUUAGUUUUCAUGUGUCUGGAAUGAAUAAAUUGUACAAUACACAAAUAA